GCCAGUCAAGCACUGACGAGCACAAAUUGACAAGUCAAAAAUGAUGGGCAAGGUCAUCUUCUAUGAGGACAGGAACUUUACGGGCCGCUCCUAUGAGUGUAGCGGUGACUGUUCUGACAUGUCCUAUUACAUGAGCCACUGCUACUCUUGCAGGGUCCAAAGUGGAUGCUGGAUGGUCUACGAUCGUCCCAACUUCAUGGGAAACCAGUAUUUCCUGAGAAAGGGUGAAUAUGCUGACUACAGGAGCAUGUCGGGCUGGGGAAUGAACAACUGGAUCAGGUCUUGCCGCAUGAUCCCUAUGCACAAGGGCUCUUACAGAAUGAGAGUUUACGACAGGGAGAACUUCAUGGGUCGGAUGAUGGACAUGACAGAUGACUGUGACUCCUUCAUUAACCGCUACCAUUGGUACAAUGGCUGCAUGUCCUGUCAUGUCAUGGACGGUCACUGGCUCUUGUAUGAACACCCCAACUACAGAGGAAAGAUGUGGUACUUCAGGCCCGGAGAGUACAGGAGCUUCAGGCAAAUGAUGAGAAUGGGUGGCAUGAGGUUCAUGAGCAUGAGGCGGAUCAUGGAUUCGUGGUAUUAAAAUCCAUGAUGCUAAGAUUGAAAUAAGGCUAUCUUAAAUA